AUGGCUUCGCCGUUGGAACAAUUUGUGAACAAUGUACGGACCAUUUCGGCUUCAGGAAAUUUUCGUGAACUUUGUGAUAUAAUAUCAAAAUCAGAUGAAGUGCUUCAAAGGAAUGGUGCUCAUCUAAACAUAGUUCUUGAAACCCUUGACAUUCAACAACAUUCUUUAGGAGUCCUCGCUGUUUUAGUAGCAAAGUUUUCAAUACAUCAGGGUUCAAAUGAUGUGGAUAGAUCAACAAUGUAUCAACAGAUCUGUGAUUUCAUAAAUAACUGUAAUGGAGAACAAGUUAGGUUCUGCCCAGAAUUAUUUGCAGAGUUAUGUCAUUUGCUGACUGAUCAUUUAGUGGAAUUGAAGCAACCCAUACGAGGAAUAGAGAUAUUGAAGAAAGCAAUCAGAAAAAUACAAUUAUUUGAUUCACAACUAACAUCCAUACAUGCAGAUUUAUGCCAACUAUGUCUGCUGUCAAAGUGUAUGAAACCAGCUCUUGAGUUUUUAGAAACAGAUGUUACAGGAAUCGGAUCAGAGCUUGGUGGAAAUAAUGACUCAAAACACUUUCUGCUAUAUUAUUAUUAUGGAGGAAUGAUAUAUUCGGCUUUAAAGAAUUUUGAAAGAGCAUUAUACUUCUUUGAGGUAGUUGUGACUGUUCCAGCCACAGUGGUCUCGCACAUAAUGCUUGAAGCCUACAAGAAGUACAUUUUAAUUUCACUUAUUUUGCAUGGAAAGAUAUUACUAAUGCCAAAAUACACUUCGCCUGUGGCGUGUCGUUUCUUAAAACCUUUAUCUGUUGCCUAUCAUGACUUGGCUACAUCACAACAUGCAGCAGUGAAACAUAGAGAGACCUUUGUAAGAGAUAAGAAUAUGGGACUUGUUAAUCAAGUCAUAAAUUCAAUGUACAAAAAGAAUAUACAAAGACUCACGAAGACAUUUUUAACUCUGUCACUGAGUGAUGUCGCUUCUCGGGUUCAGUUGUCUGGACCAGCUCAGGCCGAAACUUAUAUUUUGAAUAUGAUUGAAGAAGGAGAAAUAUACGCUAUGAUCAAUCAGAAAGAUGGAAUGGUCGUGUUCCUGGAUAGUCCCGAGAAAUAUGCUUCGCCUGAGACGUUGUGUGUUUUGGAACAGCAAAUGGCGGCUUGCACCAAACUUCAUCAGUACAUUCAAGAAAUGGAUGAGCAAAUACAAGUUAAUCCUCAGUAUAUUAAGAAAUCAGUGGGAUGCCACGAUGAAGAUAUGCCAGCGACAAGUCAAAACUCAAAAACAACAUAUACAAUGUAA